AUGAUGGUGCUGCCGCCACUCACUUGGGCUGGUCUCUCGACGACUACACUUCGUCCAAACCCACAAGCCGGCAGUUUCACAUAUCUACACACGAACGAUUUAUCCCCAGAUUCUGCCACCUUCACUGCCAUGUUCGCAUGGAAGAUCAACAUGUAUUGGCUGGUAUCCUACGUGUGGUUUACCGUGUCUGUCGUCAUCGCUCAACUUCGAGCCGCCGACUCUCCACGACGUCGUCGACAGUAUCAGAUCGAACCUGCGUCCCCGACCGAGUUCGUGCCCUUCCAUUACCGUCGAGCCCCGAGUCCGGAGACGCCGUGCCGUAGGCGGCCUGCAUCCCCACCGCCUCCGAUCAGUUCACCACGGCUGGUGUUCUGCGCUGGCACCAAGCGUACUCCGUUACCUACCAGGUCCGUUCUCCUGCCAGCAAGGCUCAGUCGCCCUGGAGGGCUUACUUGUCGGGAUAUUCGCCGAUUCCCUCCCAUCUCGUUCUCGCCGCCUGCGAUCAAGACAACCCAGCUGGAGCCCCGUCCAGUCGCCAAGCGCAGCCCAUUGUCCACCGCGAGCAGCGUCCUCCCGCCAAAGAGGGUCAAGUACACUGGAGCGCUUUCUGUUCAAGAUGUGCUCCGCCUCCCUCCGGUCUUGCUCUCACCGGACCAGAUUUGCAAUCGGCCCAAGCUACCACCAUUCCCUGGUGCGCCAUCAGACCAGCAGAAGAAGCUUCCCCCUCGACUGCCAGCAGUUCCACCAAGCCCUUCUGUACACGGCGUGCGUCGUGUCCGUGUCACGAAGGGCUCACGCUUCCAGCAUUCCACUGGAAGCCGUGCCAGCAGUUCGAGCGACAAGUUCCCAUCGGCUUCUUCGGCCCUCUCUUCUGGUUCCUCUCCUGGCGACACAGUCAGUCGGUGUUGGUGCAGUCCCAGCCAACAGUCCUCCGUCGAUACUCGGGAUACUCCGAGUACUCCCCGGGAAGCCACUGCACCACAUCCACUGGCCCAGCAGAUUCUGGCCAUACUUCAGGGUUCGGCCAACUUGUCGCCUCCUCCGCCAUCACUGUCUCCAGCUUCGUUGUCUCCGGCGUCAGCCCGUGCAGACUUACCAUGGUUCUGUAAUGUGUCAGGCUGUCUCGCCCAUCCAGCCGCCCGACAACCCCCCUCCUCUGGCGACUUGACUAUUGAUAGUCCCAGAGUCCGACAAGUUCACACUGGCAAGGAGGAUGACGACGACAACGCUUCCCACACCGGCUCUUUUGAGUCCAGUUUUCCCCAGGCUCUGUUCCAGCAGUUCCUAGGUGCCAUCAAGGCUUCGGGAGCCCGGAAGCCUCCUUCCGUGUCUCCAAGUGACCGAGAAUCUCCUCCUGGCGACUUUGUUACCGAUAGUCCCAGCCGAUGGUCGCUUUCUGGCGAUGACAACACUCCGGCAGAGUUUGAUCCAGAUACCGGUUUCGUUGAGGACAGCUUCGACUCCGUGUAUACUCCUGGUGACCUCUCCGAAUCGCCAGUCCCGGAUUCGCCGACUGGGAGUGUCAUCUGCUUCCGCACAGAGCCAACCCUCAGACAUUAUACGGCAUUGGAGCCCGCGUCCUCCUCCGGCUUCUUUGCGCGUUGCGGACAGAUCCUCGACACUGCAGUCACGAAGGUGGCUUCUUGGGUCCGAUCGUGGUUCUAG